UCACGCACACACUCGCAAUCGGUGCUCUCUUUGCUUGCACCCGGAUAGCAGAAACGUCGAGGAGUGGGGCUUCUUACAGAGGAGCACCCAGGUGUUACUCACCCCUGCCUUUGUGUCUUCCAAGGACCGCGUUUCUCUGUGCACCAUGAAGCUUGUUGAGGGGGAGUGCAGGAAGAGGUCGAGGGCAAUGGCACGUCAGGUGGUUCUUGCGGCCGUUCUUCUGAUGAUCACGGCAGUUCAGGCAAGCGCGCAGACUCCGACUGAGGUGACUAUCGGUUAUGUCACCUACGCAGGCAACGGCUGCAAUUACGACAACAACUAUGUGCUGUCGAACGACUACAAGACGAUCACCUUCAUAUUCGACGGGAUGGUUGCGACCACGGACGGGUCGCUCGCCAACAAGAGGGAGCAUUGCCAGAUGUCGUUCUCUAUGAACUACCCGGAUGGCUGGAGCGUCUCCAUUGGUCAGGCCACGGGCCGCGGGCUCGCUGACAUCGCCAAGAACUCCGAAGGCAUCUACGAGACGCACUACUACUUCUCCAGACAAACGGGGACGGCGAUGGUCGAGCGCAAAAUGAAAGUCCCAAAGGUUGGCAGCUUCGAGUUCACGGAAGACUUCCUGACGCUUGUCUGGAGCGAGUGCAACAACGCGCCCAACCUGAACAUCAAGACGGUGGUGAGAUUGGAGGGCACGAAGGCUAUGAUGGCGCUCGACUCCGAGGAUACCCAGUUCCAGCUCAUCUACAAUCUUCAAUGGAGGCAGUGCCCGGAAAAUUGAGUCCCCCGUUCACCAUUUUGCGCUGAG